AUGGUGGCAAAUCAUGUGCCGGUCGGGUCUCCCUGGGAGCCGGAGGGCCGCUCCCAGCCCCGGAACAAGUAUUCGGUGUUGUUACCUACCUACAACGAGCGCGAGAACUUGCCUCUCAUCGUGUGGCUGCUGGUGAAAAGCCUCUCUGAGAGUGGAUUCAACUAUGAAAUUAUAAUCAUAGAUGAUGGAAGCCCAGAUGGAACAAGGGACGUAGCUGGACAGUUGGAAAAGAUCUACGGAUCAGACAAAAGUAUCAUGGAUGCUGAGCUCUCUCACCAUCCAAAAUUUAUUCCUGAAUUCAUUAGAAAGCAAAGGGAAGGUAAUUUUGAUAUUGUCUCUGGAACACGCUACAAAGGAAAUGGAGGUAUGUAUGGCUGGGAUUUGAAAAGAAAAAUGAUCAGCCGAAGCUUCAGAUUACACAAAAAAGAAGUUCUACAGAAGUUAAUAGAACGAUGUGUCUCUCGAGGCUACGGCUUCCAGAUGGAGAUGAUCGUUCGAGCGAGGCAACUGGACUACACUGUUGGUGAGGUUCCAAUAUCAUUUGUGGAUCACGUUUAUGGUGAAUCCAAGUUGGGAGGAAAUGAAAUUGUCUCUUUCUUGAAAGGAUUAUCGACUCUUUUUGCUACUACAUAAAAGAAAAUUACUCAUUUCUACUUAUGUUCAUUUCAAUUGAAAUAUAAAAGGAGCCCUCUUACUGAUUGUUGUAACAUGUACUCUUAGAGCAUAACCAUAAGGUAAGGUAAAUUUUAUAUGAAUAUGUUGUUUCGAAAAACUCCAUUUUUUACUUGAAACUAAAUUUUAAAGUU